AUGUCUCUUACUGGUGCAUUAACUUUCCUAAAAGGCAAAGAGGUAGUGGUUGUGAAUGCAAUAAUUGCCAUCCUGACUAUUGGUGGACAGCAACUCUUUUCUCUCUUUACUUUCUGCUGUCCCUGCCAGGUUAUGCAUAACCUUUACUAUGGGCUGGCUUUCCUAGGAGUGCCUGCUUUAAUCCUUCUGAUACUUGGCUAUGCUUUGAAUGACCAGACUUGGAGACUGGUUGCUGGAGAAAAGGUCUCAGCCGCUAGACACAGUACUCGUAACCACCUUCUGCAGUGCAAGCUUGUGUCUUUUGUCUUCUGCAGCAUCACAGGGAGAGCUCUGGUGGCUCCUGUAACGUGGCUUGCAGUAGCACUGUUGAAUGGAUCCUACUACAUAUGUGCAAUGAGUGAAUUUGCUUCAGUUGAUCGCUAUGGGAUCUUCAAAAACACAAGCUUUGCUGAGCGCAAGCAAAUCCUUGCUGCAUUUCCCUGUAAGCAGUUGGUUCCUUCACAUCUAAGAACAGUGAAAGAGGAAGUGAUCCUCCUGCUUCAGUAUCAGUCACAAGUUGUUGGCUGGCUUUUGAUAGCAGUUGUAGCCAUCACUGUCUUUGUGUCUUGUUGCCUGGCAAGAUGUCUUUCUCCACUCAGUCUCCUGCAUCUUCAGUACUGGAACAGAUACAUCCAUAAUGAGCAGAUGCUAUUUGAGCAAGCUGCCAACCAGCACUCCAAGAUCUAUGCCAAACACCACAUCAAGAAGUUUUUUGGCUUUUUUCCAGGGAGUGAAGAUGUGUCAGAAAUCCGCAUCCCUUCGUGUGCAGACUGGAAAUCCAUUUCUGGGCUGGACCUCUUAACAAUUGUGGACGAACAGCACUAUGAUUACAGUCUCCUUCAUGACUGGGCCGUAGAAGACUCGGUGGAUGGGAAAUAUCUGAAAAUUCUUGAUAAACCAAAUUCUGAUCUUGAAACAGAGUUUUGA